GCAGACCUCUCGAGAGGCGCUGUUGUCAUGACGACACCACACAACUCACCGGAAGCAGAGUAAAGGGGAGGCGCAGUCCUCUCGAGAGGCGCUGUUGUCAUGACGACACCACACAACUCACCGGAAGAAAAUGCGUUGCUCCGUCAGUGCUUUACCGGAUCAUUUUCAUUUUCAACUUCAGUUGGGUAGAAAUAUCCCAAAAUCCAAAUUAGCAAGGAUCAUAUGUCAAGGACGGGAUUAGGGUUUGGUUAAUUAAUUUCUGACGUGAAAGCAGGAUGCCAGUCUACAUCAGAAAAGGGCCUGCAGAUAUCCCCGAGCCAUCCGACAGCAGCCAGGGUGAUGAGGAGCAGGAGUUGUUCCUGAGUGACCCGGACCAACUCCAGGACCAGCUGCCCCAGCCGUUCAGAAUGAUAGACAAGGUCCUGGACAGACUGCUAGACAGGGCAUGGGACUUCAUCUCACAGAGAGAAACUGCCAGGCUCACAGAGCAAGCUAAUAAAGCUAUACCCAUUAUGCAGGUCUCAGGGGACGUAAAGCUCCCUGUGAGGACCAACUGCUUGGCCUGCCCUGAGGAUGGCAGGUACAUCUUCCUGGGUCACCCCCACGGCCUGUCUGUUAUGGCUCAGCCCCAGGGUAUCAUCACCGCCUCCUCUUCCUCUCCCUACUGUGUGCCAGUAUGGCAGGAGGACCAGGUAGAGAUCACCUCUCUUCACAUCACCUGUCUGGGGGAGAUGGCCUACCUGCUGGCAUCCCUGGAUGAUAUGGGUGUUGCCAGACUCUUUGCUUAUUACUCAGAAACCAGCCACCUGAUAAAAGUCAUGAAUGAAACGAAAAUGUGGACCAAUACGCAGCAGGAUGACCUCAACCAGAGAAGUGUCUGUGUGAAGUUUGAACUGUCCAGAGGGGGAGACUACGGAGCUGCUACCAUCAGCUAUAAUGGUUGUCAGUGUUUAGAGGUGUACAGGUUCCCUAAAGACUCCUGGCUGAAAGAGCUGUCCCAGCAUACACCUGGAGUAGGAGAUACAGGCAAACUGUCUCCUGUCACCAUGCUGAUGAAGAUCAAACCACCUAAACCCCACACAGGCUCCACCAUGAAGAGUCCAUUUGAGGUGUUGCAGAAGACCGAGGACGGCAAUGUGAUUGGCUCAGGACAGAACCACCUGAUCAGCAGUCGCCAAUGGGAGGACCAGGACGCUGUGUUUAAGUCUGUAUACAGGAAGUACAUGGUUAAUAACACCAGCAACACUACAGACCCAGAGGACAGACCCAGCUGUGUGACCAGUCACUUCCUGCUUCCUGGAGGUCUGUCUUCUGUCCUGGGAGGAGUUAAGCCUCAGACAGGAGGAGUGGCUGUAGCUGUGUGUCUGUGGUGGAGCGGCAGCCACAAUCUGCUGCAGUACUUACUGUGUAAAGCUCCCAAAGACAAAGCAGAGCCGGAGCCCAAGCCUGAUGCAUUGUGGCCUAAUGCCCAGGAGAUCCUGUGUUCUGCUGUUAGCAGCUGUACUAGACACAUAACUCUGGGACUGGUUACUGGACUGGUCACUGUCUGGGACAGACACUUAGGUCUUCCUCUGUCUGUUGUCUCAGUGGAAGCAGACAGUGUGUUCAGCAGCAUAAUAUUUGUGGAUUACUGGCCUAGUACGGCUACUGAGGAUGCCCUACACAGCCAGGGUCCGAACCACACCAGCACACAGGUCCAUCUACUGGUCACCUGUAAGAGUGGAGCAUGUCAUCUAGUCUACGCAGGAAGAGGACUGGACUCUCAUGAUGUCACACAACUAUCAGAAAGACCAUCAGAUCCUGGCUGUUUCCCCGUGGUGACUGCUACUGUUCCGUUCCUCCGGCGCCUGGCUCUGAUCAUGCAGAGGAAUGGGAAGAUCUUCCUCCAAGACAUGGUAGAUAGGAGAGUAGUGUGCUGCUUCUCCCUCCCAGACACUCAUCUCCUGGCCAGUCCCUGGAAUCCUGUGUUUCUACUGGACCCCACGCAGCAGUCUCUGCUCAUAACAGGUGAUCAGCGUCCCGGUCGUGACAGUGGGGAGGACGGAGGGAGUCGACUCUUUGUGUUCCGUUUCCAAGAUGCUGCUGUUGUCAAGCCGUACGGACACGGAGAUGACGGCAGAGCAUCAUCACACCAGGGCCAAUCAGGGACAGGCGCCUCGAACUUGGAGGAAACAUGCAACCUCUAUUUCCGACCAAGGAUUGAAUCUGUGGAGGAGAGAAACAAAGUCAUGACUGAGAUAUGGAACCAGCUCCAAGAGCAUGCCGCCUUGGUGCUCUUACAGAACCGACAACAAGCUGGUACCAUCUUACAGAACCAACAACAAGCUGGUACCAUCUUACAGAACCAACAACACCCUGGUACCAUCUUACAUGAAACCUAGAGGAUAUAUUGAUUGAAUACUAAAUCUCCCUCAGCGCAACCUGCGUUCUUCCAGGUUGGCAUCUUGACUUUUAGGAAAAGCGGUAAUGGAAGGUUUUACAGUAUUAGGUUUGAUGUUAGCAUAUGUUACAGGCAAUAAUGUAUGGUUUCUUCCAUCUGCUUUCUUAGAUCCACUGAAGAAUGGACCCUGCUUUGAUAGGGCUUUGAAUACAAUGGGAGAUUAAGACUAAAUUGUAAAUACACUGUCACAACCAAGUGUCUCGCACCAAACAAACGUUCCUUAUAUCGACAGGGGGUUUUCACGCCCUGGCCAUAGAGAGGGGUUUUAUUCUCUAUUUUGGUUAGGCCAGGGUGUGACUAGGGUGGGCAUUCUAUGUCAUUUUUUCUAUGUUUUGUAUUUCUUUGUUUUGGCCUGGUAUGGCUCUCAAUCAGGGACAGCUGUAUAUCGUUGUCUCUGAUUGGGAGCCAUACUUAGGCAGCCGGUUUUCCUUUGGGUUUUGUGGGUAGUUAAGUUCUGUUUAGAGUUGAUGUUCCUGACAGAACUGUUUGGCUUGUCGUUCUUGUUCUUGUUUUGUUUAAAGUGUUGUAAUAAAAUACAUGAUGAGCACUCAACACGCUGCGCCUUGGUCUACUCAACAGCCGUUACAGGUGUUCUGUCUUAGCCCAAGGUCUACAUCCUUCUGAGGUAUCAUGCCUCUGAAGUCUCCAAUACGACUAUUUAUUUAUGACCAAACCUAACCCUGUCUUCGCCCCUUAUCGAAAGGUAAUGCCACAAUCUGCUCUGUGUCCAAGGGAGAAAAAAACGGAUUUUUCACUUUAUCCUUCUACUCUUCUCACAUUCACUUCGCUAUGGAACGUCAUUUUUCUCUGACAACCAUGUUUGUCACGUCCUGACCAGUAAAAGGGGUUAUUUGUCAUUGUAGUUUGGUCAGGGCGUGGCAGGGGCGUGUUUGUUUUGUGUGUUUCGGUGUUUUUUGGUUUAGGUUCUAUGUUU